AUGGCGGUUGUGACGGCGUGGCGAUACACUAGCGGCCGUCUCCUCGGAAGAUGGGGGCCGCUUCUGUGUGUCCUCCUGGUCACUCUUGUGGCCCUACUGACACCCCCGGUCGGAGUGGAGGAGCGCUGCCGUGGCUCCCUGAAUGCCAUCGCGCAGCUUUGCCGCCAGCUGUGGUGGAGCUCACAACAGCCCCCAGCUGUGCAGACCACCGGCCUCACUGUCCCGCUCACGGACCUCGACCUGCUUCCACUUAAAUCCAAGCCCAGCAAAGGGAUGGUUUUUGAGGCCAGAGCGGCACUGCAACAGGCUCAGGAGAUGAAGAAACAUGGCAAGAGGGAAAAAGCCCACAAGCUGCUGGUGCACGCGCUCAGUCUGAAUCCAGACUCUGUGGAUGCCCUGACUGAAUUGGGGACUAUUUUGGAAGAGGAGAAGGACGUGGUGCAGGCCGACCACUUGUACACCAAGGCUUUGGCCAUCUCGCCUUGCAAUAAGAGGGCACUGGUAAGCCGAGACCGCACCCUACCGCUGGUAGAGGAGAUCGACCAGCGUCAUUUUGGCAUCAUUGACAGUAAGGUGCGCAGGCUCAUGUCCAUCCCUAAAGGAAACUCUGCCCUACGCCGGGUGAUGGAGGAGACAUACUACCACCACAUCUACCAUACGGUGGCCAUAGAGGGCAACACGCUGACUUUAUCCGAGAUCCGUCACAUCAUCGAGACGCGUUACGCCGUCCCUGGCAAGAGUUUGCAAGAGCAGAACGAGGCCAUCGGUGUGGACGCGGCUAUGAAGUACAUCAACACCACGCUGUUAUCCAGAACGGGAACCAUCAGCGUGAGUAAUAUCCUGGAGAUCCACCGACGCGUACUGGGUCACGUGGACCCCGUGGAGGGCGGGCGCCUGCGCACCAACCAAGUGUUUGUGGGCCAUCACAUCCCACCGCACCCUCGGGACCUUCAGCGGCACAUGCAGGAGCUGGUUCAGUGGCUCAACUCGGACGAGGCCUUGCAGCUGCAUCCGGUGGAGUACGCCGCUCUCGCUCACUACAAACUGGUGUACGUGCACCCGUUCGUGGACGGUAACGGGCGCACGUCGCGGCUUUUGAUGAACCUCGUGCUCAUGCAAGCGCGAUACCCGCCCAUCACCAUUCGUAAAGAGCAAAGGGCAGAGUACUACGCAGCUCUAGACACCGCCAAUGAAGGAGACAUACGUCCCUUCAUUCGCUUCAUCGCCAAAUGCACCGAGAUUACACUGGACACUUUGUUGAUUUAUACUACAGAGCACGCGGUUGGGCUGCCGGGGACGAGGGCGGACCACACAGGUGAACAACAAACUAUCGCAGUUCACAACUGA